GUUUGUUAUAAAAUACGCAUAAAAUAGAGCUUAUGACAGGAAAAUAAGAAUAUAAUUGUUUGAAAUCCGUGAGAAAAACAUAUACCAAAGCAACGUGUAUUUGCUGUGAAAGACACAAACAACUAUAACAGUUUUCUAUAUAAAUCUUAUAAGACACUGAAAGAUUGUUCUAGCAACGAAAUGUUUUGUCAAGUGAUAUCAAUUGUGUCACUUCUAGGAUAUUUUCACUUCACCUUAAGUUUAUCAAAUGAGGAGCCGCACGUAUGCUAUAAUAAGUUUGAAUACGAAUACAAUGUUUUGCAGAAGCUUGUGGUGUUGGAAGAGAAGGCGAAGCAACAGGAGGAAACAAACAAUGCACUGAAAAAUGAAUUAAGCGAUGCUAGAAAAAUCAUAACAGUCAUAAAGAAAAAUUUAAUCAAAACCGAACGGUCAUUAGAUGGCUCAACAUAUAUCCGUUGGGGUAGGACCAUAUGUCGUGAUGGAGCCAUUCCUGUUUAUGAUGGUUAUGCCGCGGGUGGUCAUUAUAAGCAUACAGGCUCUGGGUCUAACGUUCUUUGCUUGCCUAAAGACCCUACAUGGAGUCUGUACAUGGAAGGCUUUCAAACAGCUGGUGUAAUUUACGGAGUUGAAUACUUUACCAAGGACUACCCAAACUGGAAGCAUCUCCACAAUCAAGACGUGCCAUGUGCCGUCUGCAGGAUCCCUGGUAAUAAUGUUCUUAUGAUUCCAGGGAGAAACAUCUGUUAUAAGGAUUAUACCCUAGAAUACAUUGGAUAUCUUAUGAGCGGUCACUACAGUAAUGCUGGCUCAUCGGAAUAUGUUUGUGUUGAUGACCAACCAGAAGCUUUGGAUGCUGGAAAUGGAGUCAAAGAUGAAAAAUAUUUUUAUUUCGUUGAGGCUUCAUGCGGAGCGCUAACAUGUCCACCAUAUAAGAACUCACGUGAACUAGCAUGCGUUGUAUGCUCUUUUCUCCCAGGUGAUAAAAAUGAAACACAAGCUUGAUAAUUAAAAUUAUAGAUGCUUGUUAUUUUUUCCAAUUUAUCAGCAUAAUAUUUAUUAAGUUAUAGUUAUAACAAAAUAAUUAUUCUCAUAUACUGAUGAGAAAAUGUCACAUACGAGAUAAACAUCCUACAAAAGAGAAAAACUGAAUCUCUAAAGAACGUUCAAGACGACACAAUUGAAAAUGUUGCAGGCUUAGUUUGAUUAAGCCUGUUCAUUGAGGUACUGGAAAGUACAAGUUACCGUCUAGCACCGGCUUAAGAAGAAUCAACAUUUAAUCAUGGUUAUUGUGAAAUAUUGAAUUUGCAGAUUUGUUCUUACGGCGGUUGACACUCAUGCAAAAAAGGACAGUUAUCUUCAGUGACGAUUUCGCAAUGAAUUAUCUAUGAUUUAUUUAUUGUAUAUAAAUUCCACAUUUUGUGCUUUUGUGAGUUCGUGGUAAGAAUUAUGUAGCAUAAUCCGGCGCUUGUAAGAGGGGUCAUGGAUGAUACAUUGUAACAACUGUGAUCAAGGUUCAUGUAAAAUUUCACCGCAUUGUUUUAUCUAACGACCUUUAUUUUUUGCAUUACAUCUUUUCUACUUAACAAUUUGUUUCAAUUAUUAUAUUAAAAUAUAGAUAAUUUGAAGAUGAAAACUAUGAUUUUGUCGCCCUAGAUAAUUUAGUUUUAUCGUCCAGAACUAUUAAGAUUUCAUUAUACGCCAAAAAUAUUAAAUACAACGUCCAUAUCUUUUUAAAAUGCAAUUUGCUGUCAUAACCGAUGUCAUUUGACAUUAAAAUGAUGGCGAUUAUA